AUGGUGCCCGUGAAGAAUUAUCUUCAGCCGGGAGAAUGGGUGGGCUUGUUCAAUCCGAAUGCCAAGCGUUUCCUCCAAAUGCACGGCUCCGGCAUCGGGUGCAGCAAUCAAUUUCAUCUCUUCGCCGUCCUGCAGGAUGGCCAUACCUACGAGCGAUUCAGGGUGGUUGAUGCUGGCAAUGGCAUGGUUGCACUGCACAACCACAUUUUCAAUCGCUACGUGAGCAUGAUCUGGAAUGGCCACGCUCAUGUGAUGACCCGAAGCGGGGAGUCCCCUGAC